GGCGCAGGGGUCGCGAGUCGCCAGCUGAGAGCCAAUCAGCGGACGGCGCCAGGUCCCGCUCGCUGAUUGGUGGCUCUCCCGCGAGUCACAACAACGUUAGUCAUCAUCACCUGUAGCACGUAAACAAAGAUGGACGAGGAGCUCCUUGUGUACGAGCAAGAUGAGGUCUAUACUCUUCCUACAUCACAAGAGGAGUUGUCAGUUAGUGGAAAAUUACGCAUAAUGGAAAGACGGCAUGGAGUAGUUGUGGAGUGGCGAUGCUGUGAUGAUGAAGCCUCAACAGAUAGUGAGUGGGCAGUUAUCAACUCUGCUGCUGUUACAUUUACACAUCACAAUGUCUCAGACUCGGUAGAGAUAAGUACACCACGCCGCAAUGUUCGUCCCAUAUCCAUUGAAUUAGUUGACCUUCGCAGCUAUAAAAUUGCAAAUAACGACUCGCUGGUUCUGAUUCAACGAGAUGGAACCACUCACCCUGCUCUGGCUUUCCGCUCAGGAUCCGUGUUAUGUUUUGUUGAAGUGCUCCUGAGAUAUGUAGCUGUCAAAAGGUCAGAAAAGGAUAGCGAUCUGUAUUUGGUGAGUGACAAACGACUUGCUGCUAUGGAUGACGAGCUGUCAGCCAUGAACUUGGUUCCUCCUCGCCGGGGCUUUGGAGGAGCAGCAGGUCAUGGUCAGUGGGGCAACACACAGCAGCGAGUAUGGGGCUUCAUCAGCAAUUUAAAACGAGAUCCUUAUACAACCACUGUUGGUGCACUCUCCAAGUUUUAUGAUGUAGUUUUGUAUAAUGGAGUCGAAGGUUAUGUCCGUGAAACUGAUGGCGACGAGGAUGUUGCUGAGCUCUUCCACAGUCUUAAUGGCUUUGAAGAUCUUGAACCAGGCUAUGAGCUUUUGACCAAGAAGGGUACUCUUGCAGAGCGACCAGAAGUAGAAAGAUUGUCCCCUCUUACACAUGACGAUUUUCAACAGUUUGUGGAUGAUGAUGGUCGUGUUUUGGACGUUGAGCCUCUUAAACAACGAAUAUUCAGAGGGGGAAUCCAUCCAAACCUUCGGCGUGAAUUAUGGUGCUUUUUACUUGGUCACAACCUCUGGAAUUCCACAUACAUCCAGCGAGAUGAGAGGCGGCGAGAUAGAGAGAACCUUUACUUUACUAUGAAGCAGCAGUGGAAGACCAUUACCGAGGAUCAAGAAAGUCGUUUCAGUGGCUUCAAGGAACGUCGUAGUCUCAUAGAAAAAGAUGUCAAUCGCACAGAUCGGAAUCAUCCAUUUUUUGAAGGAGAGUACAAUGUUAAUGUGACUCUACUCAAUGAUGUUCUUAUGACAUACGUGAUGUACAACUUUGACCUGGGCUAUGUCCAGGGGAUGAGUGAUCUUCUUGCUCCCAUCCUUUACGUAACACAGAAUGAAGCGACAGCCUUCUGGUGUUUUGUAGGAUACAUGGAUAUUGUGUACAGGAAUUUUGACAUGGAUCAAUCUGGGAUGAAGCAGCAACUGAAGGAUGUGCACCAAAUUGUCCGUUUGGUUGAUCCGGAACUCAUGUCUUAUCUGGAAGUGCGGGACUCUGCAAACUUUUAUUUUUGUUUCCGCUGGCUUCUUGUUCGUUUUAAGAGGGAGCUGAAUUAUGCUAGUACAUUAAGAUUGUGGGAGGUGUUGUGGACUGGCCAUCCUUGUCCGAACUUUCAUCUGUUGGUGGCAGUUGCCCUGCUCGACACAGAGAAGAACACAAUCAUGGAGAACAAAUUUGGAUUCACCGAAAUAUUAAAAGAUGAUGGAAAUGAUGACAAAACAAAUAAUGACACUGAUGCAAGUAAUGAUGGAGAAGCUGUUGGGGUGAGUGGUGUUGGAUUGGUUGGAGCAGUAACUAAUAUGAUUGGAACGGCUGUACGACACUUGAGUGGUGACGACUUGUCGGAUGCUGCCCUUGAAGUUGUGCCAAGACGACAAGAUGAUGAUGCGGAAAGAUGCUUUGAAACGGCUCUCAGUCAUCAGUUUAUAUAGCAUAUCCUAUCUGGUAGUAACUAGCAAGAGACUGGUCAAUUUGUAAGCAUAUGCUAUAUAUGCAGUAUAUAUAUAAAAUAUACACAUUCACAUACACAGUAUACACGUUUUUUGCUGUUUGUCAUGAAAGACAUAGAUAAACAGGUGCCCCAAGAAUGACUAGUAAUUGUUGAUUGGAAUUAUUAUUGUAAAAUUAUUCUUUAUCAUCAUAAUAGAGUGAAAGCUAAUAUCUUUAGUGGUAGUAGGUGGUGGUAGUCAUUAGAUAGGAUAACAUGUUAAUAAAUCUUAGACAUGGUUGGAAAUUGAGUGCAGUAAAUGUUUAGGAUAGAAUGUGUUUUACCCUCUUAUUAAUUUCUACUGUUUUUUAUUAUUAUUAGUAGUAGUUAUAUUUGUUUAUAUUUGAUAAAGCCGAAGCUCAAAUUAUGAUUGUCUUGAAAUUUUUUAGUUAAUAUUUUGUGAGUAAGUGAAUGUUUCUAAAUAUCACCAUUUAGAUAUACAGUAUUAUGUAAGGAUAAUUGUCUUUCAUUAUUUUCAAUAUAUUUUGGCAGUGUAUAAAUACAGUAGUGUUUGUAAAUAAUUCAGUUGUAUUUUUUGCUCAGAAGAGGAACAAACUAUGCACAGAGGAAGAAUGUAAUCAUAAUGUUUCAUUGUAGUUGCCAUUCGCACGUGGGGCAGAACCGAGGGUUGUGGUCGAUACCAACGCUCAGAGCCGUACUGCGGGUUGUGGUCAAUAUUAACACUCAGGGCAGUACUGAGGGUUGUGGUCGAUGCUGACACUUGGAGCAUUACUGAAGAUUGUGGUUGAUUCUAAGCAUAAAGCAAACAUAAAAUCAGCCAGGAAAAUGAUACGGUAGAUUAUGAGAACCUUCAAAUCCAGGGAUUCCACCACAAAACUCUUGCUAUUCAAAUCACUUGUGCUUUCCCACACUGAGAAUUGGUACUUGCACUUAGUACUUGCAAUUCCCUUUUAAAGCAGGAGAGAUUUCUGAAAUACAGUAGAGGGAAUACUGAAAAUAUAUAUGGCACAUAGACAUGAUAAACUACUUAAAUUAUUGGGUCUGUCUCAAAGCUCUGAAAAUGUUCUCUCUAGAAAGAUGUGGGAGGUAUCACAUAAUAUUUACAGAGACAAUACUGGAAGGCCAGGUCCAAAUUUUGCACAGUAAAAUAACAUACUGGUGUGAGCAAUAUGGCGGUAAAUGCAAAAGAUCCGGUGAAGAGUAGAGGUGAUAUAGGCACAAUCAAAGAACACUGUGAGCAUCAGAGGUCCACUUCUGUUGAAUAUCCUCCCAACAAAUGUAAGAAAUAUUGCCAAAGCUAAAGUGGACAUGUUCAAGAAACAAUUAGUCAAGUUCCUUCAAGAAGUGCUGGAUUAAGUAGGUUGUAGCGAGUAUGUGGGGCUAUGGGACACUCCAAGCAACAGCCUUUUCAACCACGUUAUCUCGACUCAAACCUGGCCAAAGCUGGGUCUGGGGAGCAAAAGAACGAAGAGAACCUACUCCAGGUAUACUCUUGAGUAAUACUGAGGGUGGUUAUUGAUACUGAUCAAAUUAGAGUACUUAAAUUGUAUGAACUUCAUACCAGUGAAGAUCUAAAGCAAAGUAUUGAUCUUUUUAAAUGGGAGAAUCUCAUUAUUUUAUAUACUUUACUAAUUACCCUGCAUUUGCUUAAUUUUCUAAUUGCAAAAUUGUAUUUUGUGGCUAGAAUAAUAGAAAUAGGGAGAUUAAUGAAAUUAGACUGGAGACUAAUGAAGUGUGCAAUAAAAAUAUGUUAAUUGCUGUCAUAUUUGAUCACUGCUUUGUUAGGAAUGGUAUUUAUUCUCUUUGCAACAGAGAAAGGAAAAAUUUGUUUUCAGUUGAUAAACAUGUAAUUUAUUUUUGUGUGGCUUAUCCAAAGGCUUGAUAAGACUAUUGAUGGCUAACAUUUUUAACGUAAAAUGAGAGUACAGUAUGCUUAACUUAUAUUCGGAUAAUUGUAACGUCGUUUGUUCAUUUCAUAUUAAAUGAGAGCAUGGUUUUUUUAAGAGCAAUUUACAUAUGGUAUUAGGAAUGAUACAGGGACCCUUCACAAGCUGCCGGCUUCUUAUCCCUAAUAUAGUCCCUAGAAAUAAGGGUAAAUAUGAGUGGAUAUUCUGGAACAGAAUUACCCGGUGUUUAGUUAUUGAAGAGUUGCCCAUACCCUGUAUGGUGCUUCACAACUGUGCUUUGAUGCUUCAUGCCUGCCUUAAAAAUGAUCAUAUUUUACAUAAUCGCAUAGUUAAGGAUGUAAUGAAUGGUGCCAGAGAACGUGAGCUCUUCGUGAUUCUGUGCUGUAGUUACUACUGUAUUUUAUGUAUAUUAUAUAUAAAAAUUAAAAAAAAAGAAAAAAAAGACGGGGGGGGGGGGGGGAAGAUGUACACAUGUAGUAGUUUAUUUCCUUGCCCUAUACUGGAGAAAUUUCAAUAUUGAAGACUAACCACACACCAGAAGAUGAGGAGACCGAAACGACGUUUCGGUCCGUCCUGAACCAUUAUCAAGUCAAUUAUGAUAAUCGACUUGAUAAUGUUCCAAGACGGACCGAAACGUCGUCAUCUCCUUAUCUUGUGGUGUGUGGUUUAGUGUUUAUAUCUUCAGCCCAGUUAUUGUGACUUAUCGUCUGCAAAUUCAAUAUUGCUUAUAGCUUAAUUCCAGGUUUCUUAGAAUCGGUGCAUUCACCAGUUAAGGCAUAUUCAACUGAUAAUAUUGAGUAGUUCCUUUUGUAUAGCAUUCUGUUUUUUUGUUAAUAGGAAGAAUGACAUUUAAAUUUUGUUUAUACUGUGUCUAUUAAGUAUGAGUGACAAUUGUAGUUAGGGAAUGAAUGAAAUAUAUAUUUUUAUUAAAUAAUAUGCUGAAUUUUUAGCAUUUUUAUAUGGAGACUUGUGAAAGUUAUUAAGCAUGAGGUAGUUGUGUUUGGAUAAUCUUGUAACUAUAUUAUACGGUACAGUAUGGUAUAUGUAUGUGCAAGAAUACAUUUGCAUGGUUAUAAUUUGUAUUUUAAGUAGAUUUCUUAAUUCAUUUCUCUAUGACUAGUCACUUAUAUAAAGUAUGUCAGUAUGAAAUAGCAUUUCUCAGGAGUUCUCAGAGCUCUUAACACUGUUACCACCACACCUUUUGUAAACAGUGGUAUACGGUUGGAACAAGUUAGGUAAGAAGGUGGUGGAGGCCAAAACCGUCGGUAAUUUCAAAGCGUUAUAUGACAAAGUGCUGGGAAGACGGGACACUACGAGCGUAGGUCUCAUCCUGUAACUACACUUAGGUACAGUAAUUACACUUGUGCAAUUACAAUCACUUGGGUAAUUACCUUAACCAAUCAAACCUGGCAUCUCAGACCCAGCUUUGCCUAUUGGAGGAUGGGACCAGAAUCUUGACUUGCUCUGUGAGACUUAAGGAUCAGAUAUUGAGUCUAAACUGAAAAAAACACCACAAAGGAUAGACAAAUUAAAAAAAAAAUUAGAUACCCUGAAGGUAAAUGAGACAUUAUUAUUGCUUUAGGAUGAUAAUUUGUCUUUCUCUAACCAUAAUGUGUCAAGCUCCUACCUGAUUGUGGCCCAGGCCACCUCAUUCAUGAGCUAACUGAGCAGGACCUUCUCAUCCCAGUAGGAGAGCAGGGAUGAGGAGCUACUCAUUACCCACCAGAAAACUGAAUUUUAUUACAUUCAAUGCUUGACUUUUGGACGAGCUUCCUCCAUAGCUCGAUGAGCUAGCUUGCACUUGCACCUCGGCAGAGGAAGCCGACUCUCCCACAUAGGACAUGGGUGAUCCAUGGGAGAAGCCAAGGGACAGCUUGAAACAGCGAGAAGUGAACACACAGAUGGACUGCCAUAAGUCUUGAGAAUGGAGAAGAACUGGGAACAAAAUCCUGCCAUCAGGUGGUGGACAGGCACAUUACAGGGUAUUUACCCCAUGGCAAUGAUUGUUUGCCUUACCUUGUGCAUUAGAUUGAGCCAGUUUGGUCCUGGCUUCUGAUAGGAAUGAUCGAGUCCCAGAUGUUAGGUUUGAUUGGCUAAGGCUUGGCAAUACUGUACUGGCACUAAAGCUUAGGAAGCUAUAGGGGGCCUACCAGAAUACAUUUAAAGGUACAUUGGGUUUGAGAGAUUACAUAAUUGUAAUUAUGUAAAAAAUUGAUGUUUUUACAUUCUUGCAAAGCCACUAACUCGCAUAGCAUUUUGGGCAGUUCCAUUAAAAUCAAUGCUUGAUUUAAUUAUAGAUGGUGCUAAUUUUUUUCCUUGUAUUUCAUUCUUUCGAAAAAAUAUUCUGUGCCUAUAUCCAGCAUAUCACCCCCUGCAUUAAUGGCAGCAUAUUUUUCAGCAUUUAAGUAAUAUAUAAAAUCAGACAUAUACUGUACAGUACCACCUCCAAAAUCCGAACUAUGUAAUUCUGAACCCAAUCUGGAUUUGUGAAUAAUUAUUUUAGCAAAUAAUAAAAUGCAAAUAUUUAAAUGAUGGUUUUUGUAUAUAAUAAAUGACAACAAUUAAAA